AUCACACCCAAGGGGGAGUCAGGGAACUUAAACUCAGGCCAAAAAGUUGGCUCUGCCCAAUGUGUGAUCUGCGAGUUCGUCAUGCAAGAGCUGGAGCAGCUCCUCAAGGACAAUGCCACUGAUCACCAGAUUGAGGAGGCACUACAGCAGGUGUGCAACCUUCUCCCAAAGACAGUGCGGGGAGAAUGCAAUGCAUUUGUAGAACAAUACUAUGAGUCUCUGAUCCAACUCCUCGAAAGCCUGGCUCCUGAGGAGGUGUGCAGUAUGCUCCAGCUCUGCAUGUCGUCAGGUGAAACCAUGCAAGUGCCCAUCCAGGAUUUAAAGCUGGACAAGUGUGAUGGAUGUCGCAUGGUCAUAGAUUACUUGGACCGGCUCCUUGAGAACGAAGACGUGGAGAAGUAUGUUGUCGAUGAUCUGGUCAAGUGUGAGGAGCUUAUUGACACCUUUGGGCCAUAUCUUCUGGAUCUUCUUGGAGAGCUAAACGACAGCAUGAAGGUUUGCCGUGCGAUCGACGUCUGCCCGAAGGAAUCGGGUCUCCUGCAGCUGUACGGUGGACCACGAUGCUUCUGGGGAUCUACCUACUGGUGCCAGUCCUUGCUCCAUGCUAAAUCCUGCAAUGUAAAUUGGACUUCUGCAAGAACCUGUGGGCAGAGCAAGGCAAGAUUUGAAGAGCCACCUCUGCCUCAGUGUCCUUUGAGGGCAUUGGACGACUGUUAUCUGGUGUGAUACGAUUUUACCUUUCAGUUAGAUCAUCUCGUGAUUUGUGAUCCCACAGCCUUUGAUGUAUUUUUUCAUUCCCUGCCUUGCUGCAAUAGGCAAUGAUCGUCAUGUAAGAAAAUCCUGAUUGAAAUUAAAGCUGCAUUGUGCCAUGGUUGUCAAGAAAGGAAAGCUUAGAUGCACCUUGAACAGUUGAAACAACAGGAGACUUUAUUGCAGCCAGUGCACAGGGGUACAUUUGUCAAUACAUUCUUUUCAAUAACAUGGAUAAAUAUGUAAAAUUUCAACAUGUAAGUUUUAGACUUGAAGGAUAAAUACCAUGUUAUAUUUCAGUACGUAUGGUGAGACAGCACCAAAUUUUUUACUGGAGUGCAUUUCAGUCAGAGCACCUUUUUUUUGUUGCAAGAACUGGAUAUAAUGAUGUGAAAUGAUUGUGAGGGCUGGUUUGUGAAAUAACUCAUUCCAAGAGUCUUCAUUCUUCCCCUUCCUAUUGUGCAGAAAAGAUAAGCUCAAUCUGAAUUCCAGCGAGAGAUGUGAUAGAUCAAAAACCUAUGCGGACCGUCGGCAGGCCUCGCGUUCGUAGAGCCCGAGAAUCCGUUUGGGAAUGUCUCCGGGUGUUCCUGGGGACACUGGGAAUGAGGUUUUUCUGAGAAAGUGUUGUUCCACAAUCCACCUUGCAAGUGUUGGCGAAUGUUAUGCUUUGUGUCAUGCAAUGUAAGUCUUUUUGACAGUUCCA